AUGGUUCCCAGCGGAGGCCUCCUCCGAGCCAAGAUGGAUCCCACCGGAACACAAAUGGGCUCUGUCUCCUGGGGGCGGGUAGCUGUGCGUCGAGCCAGGAAAGCUGCCCUGCUCUGUGUUGUCUUCCUGAUGGCGCGGGCAUGGAGCAGCGCCUCAUUGGCCUUGGCAGGGGUGGCAGCAGCAGCCCCGGGGCCCCAGGGCUGCCCGCCACAGUGCUCCUGCAGUAGUCAGCAGGGAAAAGUUGUGUGCACCCGCCGCGGCCUCACCCGCGUCCCCCCGGGUAUCCCUGCCAACACGCGCCACCUCAAUCUAAUGGAAAACGCCAUUGAGGCGGUGCAGGCAGACUCCUUUCGCCACCUACACCACCUUGAGGUGCUCCAGCUGGGGCGCAAUGCCAUACGGCAGAUUGAGGUUGGCGCGUUCAACGGACUCACCAGCCUCAACACACUGGAGCUGUUUGACAACCGUCUAACGGUGGUGCCGAGCGGGGCCUUUGAGUACCUGUCCAAGCUAAGGGAACUGUGGCUGAGGAACAACCCAAUUGAGAGCAUCCCUUCCUACGCCUUCAACCGGGUGCCCUCUCUUAUGCGACUGGACCUGGGAGAGCUUAGGAAACUGGAGUAUAUCUCAGAAGGUGCCUUUGAGGGUCUACAGAACCUCAAGUACCUCAACCUAGGCAUGUGCAACAUAAGGGGUGAUAUGCCAAAUCUGAGCCCUCUCAAGGGUCUGGAAGAGCUAGAAAUCUCCGAAAACCUCUUCCCAGAGAUCAAGCCGGGCUCUUUUAGAGGCCUUCGCUCGCUGAAAAAGCUGUGGGUGAUGAAUUCACAGAUAACAGUGAUAGAGCGCAAUGCCUUUGAUGAUUUGUCCUCGUUGGUGGAGCUCAACCUAGCCCACAACAAUCUGAGUGCUUUGCCACAUGAAUUGUUCUCCCCACUCAAGUACCUGGUGGAGCUCCAUCUCCAUCACAACCCUUGGAACUGUGGAUGUGAAGCUGUGUGGUUAGCACGCUGGCUACGGGAGUACAUACCAACCAACUCUACCUGCUGUGGACGCUGCCACUCACCCGCCAGCAUGAGAGGUCGACAGUUAGUGGAAGUAGACCGAGGUGAGGGCUCAGAGUUCCAGUGUUCCGCGCCCUUCAUUGCUGAUGCACCAAGGGACUUUAACAUCUCGGCCGAGCGGGUGGCUGAGCUACGUUGUCGUACCGCACCAAUGUCUUCAGUGCGUUGGCUCCUCCCUAACGGGACUGUCCUAACACAUGCCUCCGGCAACCCAAGAAUAUCAGUCCUUAAUGAUGGCACGCUCAAUUUUUCCAAUGUUUUAGCAGCCGACACGGGCACCUACACAUGCAUGGUGUCCAAUGCAGCUGGGAACUCCAAUGCCUCGGCCUACCUCAACGUGAGUGCAGCUGAGCUCAACACAUCUAACUUGAGCUACUUUACAACAGUGACCGUGGAAAUCAUGGGGCCUACAACUGAGAUGCCCAAACCUAAAACCACCACCGCAGCUGCUGUAGUUGGAGCUGGGGUUGCUGGAGGAGGAGGGGGAGGCCAAGGGACUACAACCACAACUGCCUCUCCCUCUGUCUUUCAACCAGUUUUCAUUUCUACACCAACUGUUCUGCUACAAAGCACUGAAAGCCCUCCAGGUACAGCAAAGCCAUCGGCAGUGCCAGGACCUAAAGGUGCCACUGGAAAGCCAGCCAAGUCUGGCCCCAGCCUGGACGAAGUGAUGAAGACCACCAAGAUUAUAAUUGGCUGCUUUGUGGCUGUGACACUGCUGGCUGCUGUCAUGCUUAUUGCCUUCUACAAGCUGAGAAAGCGCCACCAGCAGAGGAGCACAGUGGGAGCCACCCGCACCGUGGAAAUCAUUCAGGUGGAUGAGGAGGAUCUUCCACCACCAGCUUCUGCAGCUCAAGAGGCAGCCCUCACGCUGCCCGAGAUCCGGGACCACAACAGCAUACACAAACUGGACUUUAUCACCCACAAAACAGACUAUGGCUUUCACAAACCUAAAGCAGAUUACAAACCCCAGCCUGAUUUUACCCUUCACAAACCCAAGGCUGAAUAUACCACAUAUAGGCCAACAAUGGACUUCAGUACCCACAAAUCCACCCCAGACUACAGCACUCACAAAUCUACACCAGAUUUUAGCCUUCACAGACCAAAGGCUGACUACAGCCAAUUUAGGCCGGAGUAUAGCACUCACAAACCUAAAGCAGAAUACAGUCCAUUAAAACCUGACUUUGGCACUCACCCAAAAGCUAGAACGGACUACAGCCCAUUCAAACCAGAUUUCAGCACUCAUCCCAAACCCAAACCUGACUACAGCCCAUUUAAGACAGACUAUGGCACUCAUCCAAGGCCUAAACCAGAAUACAGCCCAUUUAAACCUGACUAUAGCACUCAACCCAAACCCAAGAUGGAUUACAGUACCCACAGACCCAAACCUGACAGCAGUGGCUACAAACCUAAGGACCCAUACACACCCCAUAAGACCACAGCAGACUAUAGCGCCUUCAAGACGGACUUCAGUCCCCACAAAGCGGAUUACAACGCCUUCAAGUCUGACUUUAGCCCCCACAUGCAGAGACCUAAAGUGGAUUACAGCCCCCACAACAUGGACUACAGCCCUCACAAAAUGGACUACAGCCCCCAUAAAGUGGACUAUAGCACCCUAAAGCCCAAAUACAACACUUAUAAACCAACGGGCCAAGGGGCUAAAUGGACAGAAAACAAUGUUGGUAACUCUCUCCCUCGAACCUUGCCCAGCAUCAUCACUGCUCUGGCUGAGCCCUUUGUCAUAAAAACUCACACCAAGGAGAAAGUACAGGAGACUCAGAUUUAAAAGGCCUCAGAAGCCCCUCAUUCCCAGUCCCAUUCCAAUGACCCCCCUUCCUUACUCAUAAAUCAUGCAAUAGAAUGCACAAUGAAAAAAAAAGACAGAAAUUACGUUUUGUACAGAGUGCAAACUUUAAAAGACUGACGAUUUAUUGUUGUACAUGAAUAUAUAUACAUAUAUAUAUAUAUAUAUAUAUGAAUAUAUAUAUAUUAAAACUACCAUGGGCUGGUGAUAGAGAAGCAUAUUAUAUUAAAAAGAAAUAAAUGAAACUAUUUUCUAACUUGUAACUUCUUAAAAUGACGAGUUGUUUAAGAUGCUGUCUUGACUUUGACAAAUGAAGGUAGUCUUGUUUUAAAAAAAAGGGGGGGCAUUCUGUGUGAUUUUUAAACCAUGCUACAGAGGAUGCAGUGAAAAGAAAAAAACAUUUAU